ACACUGGCCGAGGCCCCCUCCUCCGUGGCAGGGGCUUCUCAGAGUGGACCUGCCCCCGGGGGAGCCCACGGUGUUGGAGCUGGGCACCACGCGGGCCGUGGACCCCGCCGAGGCCGAGGCCGAGGCCUGGUUAAGGGACCCGCAGCGCCUCUCCGUGGCGGGCUGCUGCGAUGCCGUCUACCUCCGGAAGACGACGCCGGGGUGGGUCCUGUGGAAAGUCCUGGAAUGUCCUGGAAAGUGCUGCUGGAGCCCGAUGAGGUGUGGGCGGUGGGACUCCAAGACGCACCCCGGAAGCAGGACCUGCACCGGCGGAAGCUGCGCGUUCUGGAGUCCUCUCCUGCGGGGCAGGACGAGGAGCUGGUCCCUGCGGACACAGCCCUGCUGAAGAGGGGACUCGCCAUCCUCUCUUCUUCCCCCUGGGCCAAGGCGGGGGCGGGGGAGGGCCCCCCCCUCCCCCCCCCCCGCAUCGCCCGGGCCCCCGGCCUCCUCCUCCCACGGUGGGAUCCCGGCACCCCCGAGCCCGGGAGCAGCGGGCCCAGUGGGGGGAGCCUGGCUGCCGUGGGAGCCUCGGCCCUGGGGGAGCUGGCCCGCUUCCAGCCCUUCGGCCGAGGGCCCCAGAACUGAGGGCCCGAGGCCCAAGUGGCCACCGUUCCUGGCUGCCCCCUCCCCACGACAGCCAGGGGAGCCACCGGCCAAGAAUAGGGGGGCCGGUGCCUGGGGACGAAGAAUGGGGAGCUGCGUCGGGACUGAGGAUCGGGACCGUCUCUGCCUCCGUGGAAGGGACCCAAAAGCCUGUAAGCGGGAGAGAGGUUCUCCUCCGCCAAAUGCCACGGAGCCGGAGCCGGGAACGCGACGCCCUGGGCGACGCGCUUCGCGAACGGUUGCUGCCGCGCAGCUUGUGAAGUGGGGUGCAGGGUGCGCGUCUGGACCCCGGCCCCGCCCUUGGCCACACGCAGGGGUGUGUGGAGUGGGACACGCGCGCCCCGGAGGGUGCGGAGGUGGGGGCGACGGGGAUGUGUGCUUGCCUCCGCCCGGACGGUCUCUGGGGCUCCAGGAGACCCUGUCGGCGGCAGUGGGGACGCUGGUGUGCGCUGGGAGAGGCCUGGUUUCGGAUGUUGGCCAUUCUUUGCGGUUUGAGCGUUUAGUACCCAUUUCUUUGUGUGUCGUUUGUUAACUAAAUAAAGUCAGAAGAGUUUUG